GCAUUGGUUUACGACAGUUUAGAUCGGAAGUGGAUCCAUUAUGCCGGUGUUGUUGUGCACGCGAACAUCAGCGUUGACUUUCAGCUCGAAACUUCUUUGCAAGUUUGCGAAUUUCCCUACUCUUCGCCCAAGCAGCAGUCAAAGAUUUUCAGCCUGUCGAAAUUUAUUUUUGCAGUCAAGCACAAGUCGGAACUGCGCUUAUAUUUCUGUGCAGAGGAAAGGCCUAGCGUCGAGACGGACCGGGCUGAAUAUUUCUGUACAUAAUAUCUCCACAUACCGCAAGAAAAUGUCAUCUUCGCGGUCAGACCCUGGCAUGAGGCAGAGGAUGGUGUGGGUGGACUUGGAGAUGACAGGACUGGACAUCGAGAAGGACCAGAUCAUUGAAAUGGCGUGCAUCAUAACAGAUUCAGAAUUAAAUGUUUUAGCUGAGGGUCCCAAUUUGAUAAUCAACACAACCGACGAACUGCUGGACGGGAUGGACGACUGGUGUAAAGAACAUCAUGGCAAUUCUGGGUUGACACAGGCAGUGAGGGACAGUAAGAUCUCGCUGCAGCAGGCUGAGUACGAGUUUCUCUCUUUCAUCAGACAGCACACCCCACCGGGCCACUGUCCCCUUGCAGGGAACUCAGUGCAUGCUGACAAGAAGUUCCUGGACAAGUACAUGCCCCAGUUCAUGCGCCACCUCCAUUACAGGAUCAUCGACGUGAGCACGAUCAAGGAGCUCUGCAGACGGUGGUUUCCAGAAGAAUACAAGCUCACACCACAGAAGAAAGCGUCUCACAGAGCACUUGAUGACAUUCAGGAGAGCAUCAAGGAACUGCACUUCUACAGAGCACACGUUUUCAAAUCGCAAACAGAGGAAAAGAAGCACAAGAUAUUGCAAAAUGGCGACAGCAACAAAAGUGUGUGAUGGGGUUCCGAGAUGGGAGUUGAGGUUAAGAGAUGGAGUAAGAGGUAUUGACUGUGUCCCAAAUGGCACCCUAGAUCCUUGUCAAAAGUAGUGCACUACAUCAGGAAAAGGGUGCCAUUUGUGCGCAACCAAGGUUUUAGGAUAGAAAGAUAAGUAACAUUUGCACAGCUGAAUUUGAACUUUAAUCUCCCAGUGUGUCGUCCGCCAAGAAAACUGAUCAUAGUUUUUUGAUUCACACCUGUCUUUCCUCAAUCAGUCUUUAGUUCCUAUUUUCAUUCGGCUGCAAAACCUGCUUGGUUUCCAGGUUCAAAUGUUCAACGUGGACAUUUCCUUAUUUGGAAAAAGGCUGCUUUGCACUUGUUUUUGUCGUUGUAUAGCCAUGCAAAAAAAAAAUGCUUUCUGGGGGGAUUUUACCCAUUUGCCGUUUUGUCAAUCUAAAAUGAGUCCUUUUCAGUUCUGUUGGCAAUAUUAUCUGGGAUUGACUUAUCAUUUUCAUAUAAUUGUAUUAUCAGAUUAUACCAGAAACAUUAAACUCAAUUUUCUUUCAGAGAA